AUGGGAUUAGCAUUCACUCAAACAUUGGCCAAUGUUUACAUGUUCGAAUGGGAACAACCUUUAGUCGAGUAUCAACAACUUCUCGAUGAACGCUAUGGCCGAUGCAUUGAUGAUGAUUUUAUGGCAACCAAUUUACCACGAGAUCAAAUUAUUGCGAAACUCGACAAGGUUCAUAACAGUGAUCCUAACAUUCGCAUCACGUAUACAGUAAAGUCUGCGGUCGAUUUUCUUGAUGUGGCUAUCGAGAAUAAUGAUCGUCAAUUGAAAACAGUCGUUUUCCAAAAGCCAUCUGCCGAACCGUACGUACUUCCGUAUACAUCCGAUCAUCCACAUCAUGUUCAUCUCAAUAUUCCAUACGCUGAUUUGCUUCGUGUUGCUCGGCUGUGUUCAAAUGUCGAAGAUUUCGAGAUCGAACGUAUCAAUAUCGAGAUGUCUCUAUUACUGAAUGGCUAUCCGCCGAAAUCCAUUCGGAAACAAUUCCAUCGCUUCUUCGACCUCAACAAUACUUUGCCUGUAUUGAAACAGCUUGAUGCAGAAUCAUACCAGCAGCUCCAUCAAAAACUACUUUAUCAACUUUUUAGUAUUCCACUUGGCCAUGAGUCAUCUGAUGAUCCGCGUUGUUACGGUGAAAUAUGUCAUGGUAGCUAG